UCGGUUUGGUUCCAGAAAAUUCACUGACCAUUCACGACAACAACGCGUCUCUAAGCAACGCUAGGACCCAUAAAGGGCCUCCCUGUAAACGCCGAGCUGUCAUUAAAGCUGGAUCAGACACACAGAGAGAGCCAGAGAAACACAACUAGCUAAAGCAUUUAAUGCAAAAUGGCCUGUAGACUGUCCAUUACAGAUGAGGAUUUCUACUGCCCCAUCUGCUGUGACAUCUUCAGAAAUCCCAUUCUCCUGCCCUGCUCUCACAGCAUCUGUAACAGCUGUGUGAAAACCUUCUGGAACCGCCGAGGAACUCAAGAGUGUCCUAUCUGCAGAACCGUGUCCUCCAUCCCUAACCCACCUAUAAACAUUGUGCUGAGAAACAUGUGUGAUCUGAUGAGAGAAGAAACAACUCAGGAGCCUCCCGUAGAGACGGCGGAGUUCUGUAGUCUUCAUGGAGAACCUCUUACUUUCUUCUGCACUGAAGAUCAAGAACUAGCUUGUGGGAAAUGCAGAAAUGCCAAAUCGCAUAAGAACCACCGCAUUCGUUCAACAGCAGACGCGUCGCAGGACCUCAGGCAAGAGCUCCAGCUGAAACUAAAGGCCUUUCUGGAGAAACUCAGAGUCUACGAACAAAUUAAACAGUCUUGGGAUGAAACAGGAGAGUAUAUUAAGGAACAGACCCAACACACUGAGACUAAAAUUAAGGAGGCUUUUGAAAAGCUUCACCAGUUUCUAGAAGAUGAAGAGGCAGCCAGGAUGACGGCGCUGAGGAAAGAAGAAGAGCAGAAGAGUGAGAUAAUUAAAAAGAAGAUUGAGGAGAUUAGAUCAGGGAUGCUAUCUCUCUCGCACAUUAUUGAGUCCGUCGAAGAACAGCUGAGAAGGAAUGACUUCACAUUUCUUGUGAAUUACAAGGCUACAACUGAAAGAACAAAGUGUACAAUGCGGGAUCAGACCAAACCUUCAGGAAUGCUCAUCAAUGUAGCAAAACAUGUGGGUAACAUAACCUUUGAAGUAUCGAAGAAACUACAAGCCAACGUCCGAUACACCCCAUUAACCUUUGACCCCAACACCGCCCAUCCUUAUCUGCUCGUGUCGGAUGAUCUGACCAGUAUAACUUACACUGACGAGCACUUCCAACAGCUUCCAGCAAACCCAGAGAGAUUCGACGGCUACACAAGCAUUCUAGGGUCUGAGGGCUUUAACUCGGGGACUCGCUGCUGGGACGUCGAGGUGGGCGACAGCACAGCCUGGGCCGUGGGAGUGAUCACAGAGUCCGCAUACAAACACAGACAGACCCCCUCCAAAACGGGCCUGUGGUAUGUGGGCUUCUGCAACGGUAAAUACGGGAAGGGCUAUUCUCCAGAGAUCCUCACCCUUCUACGGGUCACCCAGCGAAUUCAGAGGAUCAGGGUGCAGCUGGACUGGGAAGGCAAAGUCACAUUCACCGACUCGGGUCGUAAUAUCGGUCUGCAUGUGUUUAAACACACGUUCACUGAGAGAGUGUUCCCUUACUUUUAUAGUCACUGUAUGAAACAUCCGAUGAGGAUCAUGCCGGUAAAGACAGCUGUGGAAGCACACUUUUAGAGCCAGGAUUCAAAGAUUUACUUUCUUUCUUGAUUUACACAGUAAUCAUCAGUGCUGUUUGCCACCUCUAUGCCAUUCCAAAACGUAGUGAGCUGGCAUGCAAAAAUUCAACUUUGCCUUCAGAAAUAAAUUACAUUUUAAAAUAUAAUAGAAAACAGUCAUUUUAAAUUGUAAUAAUAGUUCACAAUAUUACUGUAUUUUGAUCAAAAUAAAUGCAGCCUUGGUGAACAUAAGAGAAUUUAUACAUUGUAUAACUAGUUUUUUAAUGAUUUGUUUUCGCUGCCUAUCUUUUGGAACAACCUCUGUGUAUGGAUUGUAGAGUUGGGGUAUUUGGACUCAAGACUGCAAAUAUGAAUGAACACGGGCUUGAACUUCUAAGGAUUUGGACUUGACUCGGACUCGACAAGGUGGAAUCAGACCCAGGACUAGUAGAUUGUGUCUGUGAUGUGUUAAAAUGCUAGUAUUGU